ACCAUUCAGUGAAGACUACACAAAGAUGAAGCUCUUGUUUGUUCUGUUGUUGAUCACGUGCGUCGCCUUCCAGCAACCUGACGCUUGGCCGAGAUUUAGAAGUUGGCGAAUUCGCAUUCCGAAGCCAGGACCUAUUGGAAUAUUAGGUAGAGAUGUUGCGAGAGAUCUUGACACAGAUCAGGACGGAUAUCUGGACGAGACUGAAUUAGAAAACCAUCUCGGUGAGCGAGACGUUCUCGACUUCAUAGCGGCUUUAGAUAGAAACGGUGACAACCUCCUGUCCAUUGAUGAAUUUAACAAGCAGUAAUCAAUUAAUCAGGUAA